GAACUCCCGGUAAAGGAGACGGGCAAAGCUGUGGCCAGCAACCUACUGUCAAACCACUGCUCAAACCGCUGAGUUCCCCAGCAGGUUAUUUGUUGGCAAACAAGCGAAAAUCUGCUGACGCUGGAAAUCCGAGCAACUCAGCAGAGCAGAUUCGGCAGCUGUAGUAGAUACGGCAGUCGCGCUUGUGAAUUUGUACAUAUCAGAGUUUACUGGGAUACAGAAUAAGGGAGCCACCUGUUACCUGAAUGCACUGCUUCAAACUCUCUACAUGUCUAAUGAAGUGAAGGAUGCUGUCAUCAGAUUAAAAAACAGAACUAAGGCAAAUAAAAAGGCCAAACAGAUGAGCAUUGCUUACCAACUUGCAGUAUUAUUUGAAGAACUAGAAAAUAAAAGAACAGGAAAUACAAAUAAGAUUACAGAGGUCUUGGGCAUAAAUGUUACCAAACAACAAGAUGUAGCGGAACAUUUCCAACAGAUACUGAACAAGCUUGCUGAAGAUAGAAACAGUCAUAAUAUUUUACAGAUCUACCAAAGCAAAUUGAUUAAUUUCCUGACAUGUUCUGAGUGCAAGACUGAGUUCCUGGAAAAAUGCCAGCUUCUAGUUAUUCCUUUGCCUGUUCACUUAAACGAUUGUGGCAACAGCAUCCAAAGUGUGAAUGCAGCCCUUCAAGACUUUUUCAAAACUGUCAUUCUGGAUGGAGACAAUUUGUGCUAUUGUGACACCUGUCAAAAGAAAACCAAGGCAACGAUGAGAUACCGCUGUGAAAUUUUGCCACAGAUAUUGGUUCUUCAGCUGAAAAGAUUUGAGUUUGAUUACUCCAUGAAGUCUUUCAAAAAGUUGCACAACAAAGUGGAGAUUCCACAGCGCUUAAAAUUUCAGAAGAAUGAAAAAGUCGGGGAACCAGAAUGGAUCCCUUAUUCCACGAAGUCCGAAGAAUCAUCAAAGGCACUUAGGAAGCAACAAUCUUCAUCAGGAGCUGAAUCUGGCAAAAGAUCCAAAAGUAAGGAAGUUGAAGAAAAGCAGAAUUUGCAGCUGGAUGGGAGCCAGAGGAUUUUCACAACGUACAAACUGUUUGCAACCUGUGAUCAUAAAGGAGAAUUUGGCUUUGGCCAUUAUGUUGCUCACAUUAGACCAGAUACUUCCAAUAAAUGGUACAAUUUUAAUGAUACUUAUGUCUCUGAGGUGGAAAAUUUCUUUCCUGAAGUACGCCAAAACAAUACAGAGAGCAUGCCUUGUAGAAGAUCAUCAGAAGCAUAUUUGCUAAUGUACAGAAAGGAGAACAUGAACAGCAAUCAAGACGUCACUAAUGCAGAAGAGGGAGCUGAAAGAAUAAAGGCACAAAGACUACAUGAUGGAAAAAGCAACUAUCAAACAGAAACAAACGACAGAAGGAAAAUGGCAGAGUGUGAAAAAACAGAAGAAAAUCAAAUGGAAGAUCUGCCUAGAAAACGACAUAAAAACAGCAUCUUCAGUUGUUUUUCGGGGUUGAAUGAUGAAAGUGAAAUUAAUUAAUUGAGCAAUAUAAGACCGCAUCAUCCAGUUUCUUCAAAAUAAUUUUGUAUUCAUAUGGAAAUUCACAAGCAAAUUGUUUGAGUGAUUUACUUAAGCCAGAUCUGCACAAGCUUUUUCCUGGUUCAUUCAUAAUUCAUUGAUGGAUACUAUCGGUGGGGAUGACCUAACAGAGGAAAGUCACAGUGGUCGUGUCUCUGGCACUGCCUGCCUCUGUGACUCAGAAGGUUUGGCGGGAAGAGGGAAAGAAGAAGCACACUGUGCUGAUAUUCCUUAUCUCUCACUUACGAGUGCCUGAUUUGGCAGAAUAUAUAAAACUUUUAGCCCUUUUUAAAGUGCAGGUUUAAUUUAUUGUUGACCAACCUUCUGGUCAUUUGCCCACAUGUAUCCUAUCGCUCAAUGUUAAUAUUUUAUCUAAAUCUCGAUAAUAUUCUGUGAAAUGCUAUAAUUUCCAGCUCUAUGAGAGGUGCGAUAUGAACUGGAAUUCUGGUAGUGUGUUCGUUAGUUUCAAAGACUUGAUUAUUUUCUUCUUUUUGAAAAUAUAACAACUAAAUUACUUGACAAUGAACAGUUGACACUGACAAUAGAUGGGCUGAUGGUAGGUCGAGAAAAGAGAAAAACAGAGGGCUAAUUUAAAGGAGCAACUUUUUCACCAUACACAUUUACUCGUUUUAAGAAUUUGCUGUGUUCUGUUGGUGUAACGUGUAACAAAAACAACAUUUAACAAUUAUAAAGAAUAAUGAAUUAUAUAUAUAUCACCCUUGUUAAGAUUUGUACUCCUAUGAUGUAUCACUCUGUUCUGCUCUCAGCCUAUUUGGAUUUGAGUAAAGGGCUUUGUUGUUCAA